CAGCCCCUCGGUGACAUCACCGGACGACAAAAAGCGUCGCGGGCCGAGGGAAGGCACCAAUCAAUCCCAGCACUCCGGCAGCAACACACGUUACUCAACUCGAGAGCGCACCAAAUUCGACUUUUGACUUUUAAACAUUUUUCUUCGCUGUUGGGAAGAUGUUCCACCGAGACGCUUUAUACUUUGAUCGCUCCCUCUUGCGCACGCACGCUUCCUCGUGACGAGAACGCGUUUGGUUGCCUUUAUUUUUUGGGAGGUUUGAGUGCGUAAAAAGACAUUUACCAAGGACAACCGAGCCGAAGCGUGUGACAUUAUGUGUCCGAGCGGACAGGUGAGGUUAUCAGUCUGUCUGUCUGUGGUACUCCGCGGAGAAGCAGCGUGGAUUUAACGCGACUUCAUGUGGACUUUAUCGGAGCCCAACCGUGGAACGACGACCGGACACAGCGCUUCCUCGUCAGGGACUGACUGAUCAUGGUCGCCGUGGUCGGCUCUCUCAUGGUACUGCUUCUGGCUCAGGUGUUGAUGGAAGGCGCGACGGGACUCAUCCCCGAGGUGGGCCGAAGGCGGUACAGCGAGUCGGGCCGACACAGCCCGCAGGAGUCGUCUGGCGUACUCCACGAAUUCGAGUUACGACUCUUGAGUAUGUUCGGCCUGAAACGCAGGCCGUCGCCCGGCAAGAACGCGGUGGUACCGCAAUACAUGGUGGACCUGUACCGCAUGCACUCCGCCAAUGGCGACCACAGCACCCGGCGGCCCAAAAGCAUGGGGAGACACGCCGAGAGGGCAGCCAGCGAGGCCAACACGAUUAGAAGCUUUCACCACGAAGAGUCUAUGGAGGCCCUGGCCAGCCUAAAAGGCAAAACAACCCAACAAUUCUACUUCAACCUCACUUCCGUCCCCGAGGAGGAGCGCAUCACCUCGGCGGAGCUUCGCAUCUACAGGGACCAAGUCAGAGGAGUCCCCGGCAACAGCUCUGCGAACUUCAGCUCGGCAGCCUCCGGCUUCCAUCGCAUCAACAUUUACGAGAUAUUCGGUGCGCCCAAAACUGGCAGUGGUGAGCCUCUGGUUCGCUUGCUAGACACCCGCCUGGUGCAGGACUCUUUUAGCCGGUGGGAGAGCUUUGACGUCAGCCCCGCCGUGUCUCAGUGGACAUCCGGGAACGGCCACAACCACGGCUUCCUGGUGGAGGUGCACCACCCGAAGGACUCAAAGGCGAACGAUGAGCACGCCCAGAGACGCGGCCGGCACGUGCGGGUCAGCCGGUCUCUGCACCAGGACCAGGACUCUUGGCCUCAAGCCAGGCCUCUGCUAGUGACGUACGGCCACGACGGGCGCGGGGACUCGGUGCUGCACACUCGGGAAAAGCGCCAGGCCACGCUACGCAAACAGAGGCGGAAGCACCAGCACAAGUCCAGCUGCAAAAGGCACGCCCUGUACGUGGACUUCAGUGAUGUGGGCUGGAACGAGUGGAUAGUGGCGCCCCCCGGCUACCACGCCUUUUACUGCCAAGGGGAAUGUCCCUUCCCCUUGGCGGACCACCUCAAUUCCACCAAUCACGCUAUUGUGCAAACGCUGGUCAACUCUGUGAACUCAAACAUCCCCAAAGCGUGUUGCGUGCCCACCGACCUGAGCCCCAUCUCCCUGCUUUACCUGGACGAAUACGAAAAGGUCAUUCUUAAAAACUACCAAGACAUGGUGGUAGAGGGAUGCGGCUGCCGGUGAGAACCUGGCGGCGAGUACAGACGUCAAAACGGACUAAAAAGAGACAUCACGGUUAUUAUGGACACCCGGUUUCCCAAUGAAGACAUUAUUUAUAUGAACAGAGCUAUCUCGGAAGAAGAAUAAAACAAAAAAACAAUAUAUGAAUAUAUUUAUGUCUACGUAAAGUUGGGAAAUAAAUAUUUUAAUCAGAGGAAUAUAUUCCUUUUACUGGUUUUGAAAAUGUAUUUCUGAUGUACAUUUCCAAAUGGGUGCAAUACCACAUGAAGUAUAAUGCUCAGAUUUUUAUUUUGUAUUUAUU